AAAUCCCUCUCACCAGUUCUUCACUUCCUCGUCGAAAAUGGACCCAGCAACCCAAAACGACGAGAUAGCCUUCGAGUUCCCACCUCUCUUCCGUCUUUACAAAGACGGACGAGCCGACCGCCUCAAGGGAAACGAGACCGUCCCGCCCUCCACUGACCCGACCACCGGAGUCCAAUCCAAAGACAUCGUCCUCUCACCCGAAUCCGGCCUCUCCGCCCGCAUCUACCUCCCCAAACUCCCCGACCCGACCCGGAAACUCCCCUUCCUCCUCUACAUCCACGGCGGCGGUUUCGUCAUCGAGUCCCCAUCCUCCCCUGUCUACCACAGCCACGUCAGCUCCCUCGCUGCCCAAGCAAACGUCGUCGCUUUGUCCAUCCACUACCGCCGCGCCCCGGAGCACCCUCUUCCCGCCGCUUUUGAAGACAGCUGGGCCGCAUUCCAAUGGGCCGCGACCCAUUCCACUGGCGGCGGGCCAGAAUCCUGGCUGAAUGAACACGCGGACUUCAACCGCGUGUUCGUGGCCGGAGACAGCGCCGGGUCCACCCUGGCGCACCAUGUCGUGCGCCAGAGUGGAGUGGAGGGAGUCAGCGGGGUUAAUACUGUGGGGGUGGUUUUGUUUCAUCCGUAUUUCCGGAAUGAAGUGCCGGAUAAGUUGUUGGAGGUGAUAUAUCCGACGGGAGGAGGGUUAGAGGAUCCGAAAAUGUAUCCGGGAAAUGAUCCGAGACUGGGGAGCUUGGGAGCUGGGAGAGUGUUGGUGUUUGUGGCGGAGAAGGAUUUCUUGAAGGACAGGGGAUGGAGUUAUUAUGAGGCGUUGAAGAAGAGUGGGUGGAGCGGAGUUGUGGAGAUUGAGGAGACUGAAGGAGAAGAUCAUGUGUUUCAUUUGUUUGAUCCGAGCUGCGAGAAGGCUGUGAGCUUGGUGAAGAAGGUAGCUGCUUUCAUGAAUCAGGAAUAAGCUACUAGGUAUGACUCUGUUGUGUAAAGCUAUGAAAUCAUAAUGAGUGUCUGUCCAGACUAGUUGAAUAUGAGCAGAUUAUAUGUUAUUUUCUGCAUGUAGUUUGUUAUGUUUAUAAUGAUGGUGAUUGCAUUCUCAAAAAAUAAAAAUAAAAAUAAUAAUAAUGGUUCUGAUUGAACAUAAGGA